UAUUCCAAGGGUCAGAAUAAAGAUGAGAAGAAAGAUUCAAUUAUUAGAAUUAAAUAAAGAAACACACCACAUUCUUUGGUUGUUGUCCAAUUCAAAAUCAACCUAGAAGAUCCGAGAGAUUCUGAUCAAAUCUGCCGAAUCUUGUUUUCCAAACUGUCCCGAUUUCCUACAGGAUUUGUAUCCCUUAUGGCCUCCCAUUUAAACACUUCUCACACAUUCUUUUCUCAUCAUUAUCAUUUAUUAUUUUCAUCUUCGUCUUCUUCGUCUUCGUCUAUUCUCCGGUUUCGUUUCUUGGAUAUAACUUUCUUUUUUUGCAAUCAUGGUGAUGGCCACAGCUGAUGCUCAGUUUCAUGUUCUUGCUGUUGAUGACAGCAUUAUCGAUCGAAAGUUGAUCGAACGACUACUCAAAACCUCUUCGUAUCACGUUACUGCGGUUGAUUCAGGAAGCAAAGCUUUGGAGUUUUUAGGUUUGAAUAUUGGAGAAGGAGAAAAUGAAAUUCUGAACCCUAAUUGUGUUUCUCCAGCUGAUGGACAUCAUCAAGUUGUGGAAGUAAAUUUGAUUAUUACUGAUUAUUGUAUGCCUGGGAUGACAGGGUACGAUCUACUUAGAAAGAUCAAGGAAUCUAAAUCUUUUAAGGAUAUUCCAGUAGUGAUCAUGUCCUCAGAGAAUGUGCCAGCAAGAAUUAACAGAUGUUUGGAAGAAGGUGCAGAAGAAUUCUUUUUGAAGCCAGUUCAAUUAUCAGAUGUAAACAAGCUUAAACCCCAUUUGAUGAAGGGAAAAACUAAGGAAAAUGAGCAAAAUAACAAGAGAAAGGGAAUUGAAGAAGAAGUUCAUUGUCCAGAGAGAACAAGAACAAGAUAUAAUGGAUUGGAAGUUAGCUUGAGUCACAAUUAAAUUAAACACAAAUUAUUUAGCAUAAAAAGUUAAUUCCCUAACUUUCUUUUUUAAUUUCCUUAACAUUUUUUUUGCUGAUUAUUGUUGAUGAUGAGACAGUCUAAUCUAAUAGAAUUUUAGACAAAGUUAAUGUCUUACUAACUGUGGCAUCAUCUUUUUUAACUUUGCUUGUAAAUUAUUUAAAGGAAAUUAUUCAUUAAGUUUUGGUGCA